CACGCCUCAUCUCUCUUCUUGAUUCCCCGGUCCGCUACAAUCACCUCGGACCAGAAUCCAUGGUAUUCAAUCCCACUACGAAUAAAUAUGCGGGCUCUAUUCCCACGAUGCGUCUUAUUUAUACAUUACUUCAUAACACCGCUGCGUUUAUCACCUGCGCAGGUACAAACAAGAUACUUCCUGAUGUUGAGGAAGGUCCCGCGUGGGGUAUGACUCGUCUAGCCUCCCUCCACAUGGGUAUGCAGUGCUUUGGAGCUAUGUUGUUCGCAUGGGCUCCGGAACAUUAUUUUGCCCUGCGCGAAUGGGACACAGCUGAAGAAGCUUCGAACGCCCUUCGAUCAGCGUUGUUCGCCCACAGUCACACCAUUCUUCGCUGCGCCCUGAUAAUCGAUUGCUGCUGGACGAUGGGGCAGGACGGAGUUUGGAAUUUAGGGGCUUAUUUUGGAUCACAGAAGAACGACGUGCUGCAUGAGUGCCUUUCUGGUGUCAAACCCGACGGAUUCCGCGUCCGAGCACGUGUCCAUUCAAUUUUGAAAUCGAGGACGAUCUCACGAUCCAUCGACUAUAUCUACGCGCACCUCCUUUCUCCGGACCCCGCCGCUAACUUGACGGUUUUCUUUGAUGAGGAUCUGGGACGGCAAUAUAUAGCGCUGUGGCCCAUGGUUCAUCGACCCUUGCACGUCCGACAGGCGCCUUUCGAGCAUUAUCUCACGCUGCUGAUUGCUAACAUGGAUCAGUCAUUUGGACAAAUCACUGAUUCUAUUCGGUGUAACGCCCCCGAUGUUUCUCCACAAGUUGUCUUCGCUCAAUGGCAACUUUAUCUAGACGAUGUGGUGAUCGCUUCGAAUGACAGCGAGGGAGAUCAAAUGCCGGAUCUUAUUUCGGUUACUGCCGACGAUGGACAGGAAGAUCCUCCUGAGUACGAAGGAGAUCAAAUGACGGAGACUCAGUAAAUACUACUAUAUUUUCAAAAAAAAAAGGGAAAUGUAGUUCUUUG